AUGAUACAUUACCUCGAUAAUAAUGUUGAGGGAGAACCUGAAGUCGAAUGUGGUCCAAAUUCUAUCACAGUCAACUUCAACACCCGCAAUCCAUUCGAAGGACAUGUCUACGUGAAGGGUCUCUAUGAUCAAACUGGAUGUCGAUCGGACGAGGGAGGCCGUCAAGUCGCCGGAAUCGAGCUUCCGUUCGAUUCAUGUAAUACAGCGCGUACAAGAUCAUUGAACCCGAAGGGAGUGUUCGUCUCGACGACCGUUGUCAUCUCAUUCCAUCCACAAUUCGUCACCAAAGUCGAUCGCGCUUACCGAAUUCAAUGCUUCUACAUGGAAUCCGACAAAACAGUUUCUACACAGAUCGAGGUCUCCGAUCUUACAACAGCGUUCCAAACACAAGUUGUCCCAAUGCCGGUUUGCAAAUACGAGAUCCUUGAUGGCGGACCAUCCGGACAGCCCAUCCAGUUCGCUACCAUCGGACAACAGGUUUAUCACAAAUGGACGUGCGAUUCGGAAACCACCGACACUUUCUGCGCUGUUGUUCACUCGUGCACUGUUGAUGAUGGUAACGGCGAUACUGUGCAGAUUCUCAACGAGGAAGGAUGUGCCCUCGAUAAGUUCUUGCUCAACAAUCUCGAGUAUCCGACAGAUUUGAUGGCAGGACAAGAGGCUCACGUUUACAAGCACGCCGACAGAUCCCAGUUGUUCUAUCAAUGCCAGAUCUCGAUCACCAUCAAUGAUCCGGGAAGUGAAUGCUUGCUGCAGCCGCUCCCACUGAAAGAGCAAACCUUGCUCAGUUGA